AUGUCCGGCACCGGCAAGAAAAAAUUAGUUUUCAGCUCCGUCGCCGUCGAUCUGGGAUGCGGCGCCGGCAGCUGCAGGAAGCCCAAGAAGCUCCUCUCCUCCAUUUUCCACCCAAAACCAAAACCCACCACCUACCGCAAGCACCACAAUUACAAAAACCCCUAUUUCUCCACCACCGCCGCCGCCGCCGCCACGACUAGGUCGCCGUAUUCCUACUACCCCUCUUCCUCCACGUCGCCCUACGACAGCAGCAUUCCCACCACGGCGGCGACCUUCUCCCCCGCCGCGGCGGCGGCGGAUUCCGACGACGAGGACGAAUCGUGCGGGAGGACGGUGAGAGGGUUUGGCCGGUUGGGCGGGGAGAGCGUGGCGGUGGAGAAGGACUCCGACGACCCGUACCUCGACUUCCGUCAGUCGAUGCUGCAGAUGAUCCUGGAGAAGCAGAUUUACUCGCGGGACGAUCUCAGGGAGCUCCUCAACUGCUUCCUCCAGCUCAAUUCGCCGUACCACCACGGCAUCAUCGUCCGCGCCUUCUCCGAGAUCUGGAACGGGGUUUUCUCCUCCUCCACGUCGGCGAAGUCUCCGGUCGCCGGAGGGAGUGGUUUGGUGUCGAAGCCGCCGCCGACGCCGCCGCAGCAGGGGUGGGGGCAUUAUGGUAAUUACGGUUACUACCACCACGGAUGGAAUUAA